GGUGAUGCACCUGUAAGGCGGGGCGCCAGGUGACUCCCACCUGUUGUGAUGCAGGUUUAUCCCUCAGGAGAAAGCACAAGUCGCAACAAUGCAGCUGAAUAACAGCGAUACGAACCGUUUAUCUGUCUGUUUUUAAGGGGAAGAGUUUCACUUGAACGAGAAGUGGCUGUUAAUAACAGUGUACAAUGAGUGCAAAUGAUGAGCGACAGCUUCGAGAAGGAGGGACAGGGAGAUAACGAAUGUGUUGAUUCUGGAGCGGAAAGAACGCCCAACUGGUGCAGCUACAAACUGCUUGUUGAUCCGGUGUUGGACAGUGGAAAGGAAAAGCUCUAUCGCUAUGAUGGACUGCAUUUCAGCUCGCCUAAUCCUGGAAUUCAUCCACCAGAAGUCAGAGACCCCAGAAUUGCUCGUUUUUGGACCAAAUUUAAAGAGACGAAUCUGCCGGUCCCCAAGUUCAAGGUUGAUGAGAAUUAUGUCGGCGCACCGAAGGAGGUGACGUUCAGCAGGCUGAACGACAACAUCAAGGCCUCCUUCUUAACGGACAUGUGCCGAAAGUUUGGAGAGAUCCAAGAGGUGGAGGUUUUGUUCAAUCCCAGGAAUAAGAAACAUUUAGGAAUAGCCAAAGUCGUUUUUGAAACCGUCCGAGGAGCCAAUGAGGCGGUGCAAAAACUACACACUACUUCAGUUAUGGGAAACCACAUUCAUGUGGAGUUGGACCCAAGAGGAGAGAAGCGGACACGAUAUUUCCAGCUGCUUGUCAGUGGGUUGUAUACUCCCUUUACUCUUCCUUUAGGGGAAGAGGCCUGGGGACCACAGUCACCAACCUACAGCUCUGACUCUCACAACGAGUAUGACCCUGUGAAGCGACUGUCUCAUGGAUUUCUGUCUUCAUCUUCUACGCUCCUCGGCUCCACCCCAUUUGAUUGCUCCACCCCUAUGUCCAUGGACACUGCCUAUUCGAGCAUGCAUCAGGACACUCCGUGUAGUUUCUGGCAGGACACUCCACAUGGCUCGCCGACAUCUCACAGUAACCCGGGAACCCCGCCGCACUGCGAGAGCCUUGCGAACGAAACAACAGAUACGCACACUGAUACACACGCUUCAAAACAGUCAACUCCAUUCAUCACCUCUGAAUCCCAACACACCUAUCACAACCCUCACUUAGUCCAGCUAACACCACAUACGCCAAAUACAAGGGAGGGGUCUUUAAUAAACGUUACUCAAAUUUCUUGGACCUCUAAAGGGCACAUGGUAUCAGGAGGCCAGUCCAACAAAACAGUUGGCAGGGCUUCUCGAGGCGGGCACAAGGAUCGUGUAUGGGGCACUAAAUACCAAAAUGCAUAUAACCGUAGACCGGAGCAUCACUAUGUGCACAGACCUGUACUCAACAGAUAUCGCUAUCGUUCGGGAUGCACGAAAAAUCUAGUGCCGUUAGUUACAUUUCAAGGAUCUUCAGCUGCUGAGACACAGCCAGAUAAGUCUCUUAUUCACAGUAGUAGUAGCACGAAUAUACCUACAGGACAAAAAUCCAUGGAAGCGCCUACAGGUAGUAUUGACAAGGAACCAAUUCAGCCAGUACCCGAGAGGGGAAACUUGUGUCAAAUACAAACAUUGUGCUCACAGCCAUUGAGAAAAUCUUUCGAUGUUCUUCAAAAAACUCCUGGUAACAUCUUUAACUCUCCUCUCAAUGUUCCUGAUGUACAAGAGCAUGACAAGGCUGCAAUACAAACCCCAGAACGGUGUAUCUCCCCUGAGCCAGAGCAAAGUCCCUCAUCAGGGUCGUUUCCUCCGGAACAAGUGCCAAGCAGCCUGGACUCUCGUAUAAAAAUGCUCCUGGGCACUCAGAGUUCAGAUGCAGAAGAGAAUGAAAACUCAGAAGAUCGGGUUUCCCUAAACAUUCCUCAACUGUCCUCCAAAUCUCGUCCUCCUUCUCCACAAUCCCCUGAUUCCUCACCUACCCGGAAUUUCCAUGCAGCUUCCAGUCACUCUAGUUCCACGCAACACACUUCAUCUAUGUCGGGUUUUGAGGACGUGAGUCCAUUUCCACUCCCGGACUCAGCAGAGGAAGUAGAGGAAACUCGACCAAGCAACGAGGAUCUGUCAAACAUACCCGUCAUUUCGAAUGUCUGUCCAACAACACGGCCGGCUCAGGAACCUUCUCACCAAACAGCUAUGACUAUGCUGCCUCUAAGACAAGAACCUUCUGAGCAGCCUAUUGGACCCGGGACCUGCUCUUCCCCUGCUGCUCCUGUAUUCCCGUUACUUCCUCCACCUGUUCUCCUACCUCCACCAGCCUUUCCUACUCUACCACCACCAGUUCUGCCUCCUGUACUGGUUCGAAUCCCUCCUCCUCUUCCUCCUCCAUCAAACCUCUCUGUAUCUCUAUCACCGUUCUGCUUAACACCAAAGAUCCCUGUAGGACAAAUGAACAGGCCCUCCAGGUGGACUAACCCUCCAGCACCUCCUCCUUCUGCACCUCUUCCUAUCCCGACUAGAAUAACCCAGGGGAAAUCCCACACUGUUUUCCCACCUCCUUUUUCCAUUCUUCCUCCCCCGACACCCUUUACAGUUGUGGAUGGGGUCAGACAUGCACCAUGUCCAACUUUUAAUACGGCUGUCAUCCCUGGCUACAGGGCGCCAUGGCCUCCCCCACACCUACCUGUGUUUGACCCUUCAGUGCCGCCUCCGGGUUACGUGCCUGUGACCAAGUCACUCCACAAGGCUACGGUCGAUGGAGUAAUGGCUGCUGUAGCUGCAGAACUCAGGCUCAUAGUGAAGAAAGACAUUCAUCGUAGGAUGGUUGAAGGCGUUGCCUUUGCAGCAUUUGACCAAUGGUGGGAUGAGAAGGAACACGCCGCUAAGACAACGAUGGCUCCAGUGAAAUCUGGAGAAAAUAAAGAGAAAGAACCUGUGAAGAACAGAGUUUUGGAGCCAUGGCAGACUGCAGAGGGGACAGACGGCGUAAUAAUAGGCACAGGACUGGGGUUGGGUCUGCGCUCUGCCCUCAAACUGCCUUCGUUUAAGGUGAAGCGGAAGGAUCCGUCCGGCGAGGACUCCGUAGAGGCUAAAAAGUCACGUCCGUCCUCUCCGCCUGGUCACACACACUCAGAGGAAACGGGUCAGUUCAGUGGUCUCAGUCUGCAAAAAGCAGGACAGGAGACACACACCCACGAUGAGGAAGCAGACGAGCCCCAGAAGGAACCGGGAGUGUCUGAGAUAAAGCGGCGCCAUGCCAGACCUCUGGAGCUGGAAAGCGAUGAGGAGGAAGAACAGGAAGAAGAGGAGGAGAUGAAGAACUCUGGGAAUGAGGAGAAGUUGGGUUCUGAGCAAGAGGAGAACAAGAAAAAAAAUAUUUCAGAUACCAAUCAGGAUGAUGAUGAGGGAGAAGGAGAAGGUGACAGAAAGCAGGGGAGUUGUUCAGCUGUAAAGGGAGAAGGAAGAGAAGAGAAGCUUUCAGCUGUGAGAGAGGAUGAAACUCACUCAGACAAAGAGGUAAUUAGCAUAGCGUCUUCAGAAUCCUCCUCCAUCGCAGAUUAUGAAUCCACACACUCCUCGAGAUCCGAUUCCAGCUCGUCUGACGAGAGUCGUUACUCUUCCGACUGCGAGGAGUCUGAGGAAAACAUCGAGGAUGAUGGAGAAAGUCCGUGUUCUGAAGCGCCACAGGAGGAGAGAGCAGCGGAGGAGAUUUGGAUCUCAUCAGACGAUGAUGUUGAAGAAUACGUAUCUCACACCCCCUCUCGAUCUUCCCCAAACUCCUGGGAGGACGAGCUCGCCCCGCCUCUGACUCCAUCCGCUCCGCUGUCUAACGAUGGUGACCCAGAUGACGCGCUACUAGACAUCGAUCCACAGGAAGAGCUGCGAGUGGAAGUGUUUCUUCACAGCUACGGCUGCCAGGAUCCAGUCACACAGCACUUGUCAAACAAACUCGAGCUGUAUGACCCGGCUCUGGUUUCUCCAGCCCACGAGCCUCUGGAACUGCAGAGUCCACCAUUGACAACUUAUAGAGAGUUUUCCUCUGAUGAGGGGUCGGACACGGAUACGAAUGUAUUACUGGAGGAUUCUGUGAACCUCAGACCCCCCACACCAACAGGCUCUCUGUCAAGUGAGCCCGAGCUCGAGCUAAGGUACGGGCUAUCGCUCUCUGCUCCCGAUGACGUAGAACUGCCCUGUACUCCCGGAGGCAGUUGUGAAACAGAGACAGGAACUCUCGUUUUAUCCCCUGCUCCUACUCCGCCUCUCCCUCCUCCACCUUCUCCUACUGGCUUCUAUCUAAUCUCCUCUCCUACACUGUAUUUGUCUCCUCUUCCUCCUGCUCUCUCAUCCUCCUAUCCUGCCUAUGAGGAAACUCCUAAAACACCAGGCAGAACUAACAGAGAGGAACAGUCAUAUCAUACAGCAGCGAUUACGCGAGAAGCAGUGCUUAGGAUGGCGACGCACAGCCCGUUCUCUCCUUCCUUUCUCUCAGUAUCACCGUACACAGGAAGCGGGGUCCCCAGAACUCCGGGACGGGAAACUAAUCCGUCCUCGCCUCUUUCCGAGGACAUCGACGUCCAUUUUCAUCAGCGGGAGCACCGGACAUAUCGGAGUCAAAGCUACUACUCACAACAAAUCCACAUCCACAGCACCAGCUCCUCUCCUCACUCCUCAAGUGAUUCCUCAAGUUCAGACACACAAGAUUUGAGCUUUUCUACACAUCAGCUGACUCGUUUUGAUGAUCUCGGGAAGAGAAGAGAGCGGAUGCAGCGCAAAAGGAGAAUGAUCCUGUCACAGAGAAACAGACGAAACAAGGACGAUUUUCAACACAUGCCUGUGCUAGUUUCGUCUGCUAAAUCAUCACCAUGUGAUGCGGCUCCAUGUCUGAGCAAGGAACUAGCAGAUCAGGCCAAAAAGCCACUGCAGGGACUCGAGAACCGAUUAGAAAACAGGCUUCAACAGGAGCCACAGGAGAGCCAGAGAUCCCUAAAACCGCUGUACCCGUGGAGAAAGAGAAAGUCAUGGCCUCACACUUCUUUGUUUGCCCCUCGGUCCAGACGGAGAGAAAGGCUGCUUAUCGAUGCCGUCUGGACUAAAGGAGUGAACAUGGAGGAGAUCAGCCACCUGAAGGCCACAUACGAGAAGAUGCUCCUGCAAAACAACACCUUCGACUGGCUCAAAAGCACACACUGGGUUCCUCAUCCUCCAAGCAGCGUUCCUCUGGAAUGGCCACCAAAACUGCCAUGCGGGUCUCGUUAUCACACGACUGCAUCCGCACGCACAGAGGGAUUUUACGUCAUCAGCAAGAGGGACAAACUGCGCUACCUCAGACACACACACACCGCCUCAGGAGAGCCGACUGCAGACACUCAGGUGGGAAUUAAUGUGUCAGCUCAACUUCCCUCGUCAUCCCGUUCCGGUUCGGAUUUCCGAGCAGAACAGCGGCGCCUGCUCUCCUCCUUCAGCUGCGACAGCGACCUGCUCAAGUUCAACCAACUGAAGUUCCGUAAGAAGAGGCUGCGCUUCUGCAGAAGUCGCAUCCAUGACUGGGGAUUGUUUGCAGAGGAGCCGAUAGCUGCGGAUGAGAUGGUGAUCGAAUACGUCGGACAGAGCAUACGGCAGGUGAUAGCCGACAUGCGAGAGAGGCGCUAUGAGCAGGAAGGCAUCGGCAGCAGCUACCUGUUCCAAGUCGACCAGGACACCAUCAUCGACGCGACCAAGUGCGGCAACCUGGCCAGGUUCAUCAACCACAGCUGUAACCCAAACUGCUACGCUAAAGUCAUCACUGUAGAAGCCAAAAAGAAAAUAGUCAUCUAUUCUCGCCAGCCGAUCAGCGUCAACGAAGAGAUCACGUACGAUUAUAAAUUCCCCAUCGAGGACGAGAAGAUCCCCUGCCUGUGCGGAGCCGAAAACUGCAGAGGAACCCUGAACUAGACCGUCGACGUAGACCGAUUGUUCCGUGCUACAUGACGCCAUUGCUUUUUUUGCAUCUGACUUUCUCUAGUACGGGACACAAACCCUCCAUGACUCAUAAAGACAUUGCAAUGCUAUUUGAAUCACCACACUACAAGUGAUGUAAGUUACAGACUUGUAAUAAUGUGGUUACUUCUUUUAACUAGAUGAUUGUAAUAAUUCUUGACACAGUGUGACUCACAUCUUCACAGAUAGACAUCCUAAAAAAGAAACGGUUAUCUAAUCAGAAAAAUUAACCAAUCGCUAUCUCUCCGGAAGGAUUUUAUAUUAAAUCCAUAGAUUCUGUGUACGCUGUUCAUUGUUAUUUUUCUUUAACAUGCAUAAAGCAUUUGAAUUCACACGUGAUCUUCACACAUCACUGUGUGGUAUUACACUUGCAGGACAAAUAAAGUAUAUUUUCUUGCAGGAA